GCAAAUCAAAACACGACUCCUUAGCGCUUUUAUCCACAAGUUCACUUUUGGUUUAUUUCACAAUUAUACCCAGGCUUUUUUCCACCGAUAUAUCUACAGUUUAUAUCUCUCAAAUAAACCGCCAAUUGAAUCAAAUCUGAGACCGGUUUGUAUCACUUACACCACGUGUUUUGAUUAAUAAAACAUCACCAGACUAGGGGCCUGUCGCCAGUCAUUAAAGCUCAAAAGACAGGACACAAAAGCAGUCAAAGCCACCGUAACAAGAGCUAUAAAUCAAAAGCCUCCCCCCCCCCUGCUUAGCUAACCGCCAUGUCCGAACCUAAAGGCGAUGUCAUUUCGGACAUCAAGGCAAAGAUCCAGCGUGAGGAACGGCUCAUCGAUGGGUUCAAGCACAUGAAAAAUUCCACCACCAACCCGCAGGUGAUGGAUCGAUGCAUCUCGCAGAUUCGUGAGACGCAACAGAACAUCAACUACCUCCAGGCGACGUUGUCAAAGCUCACGUUGCAGACGGCCGCCACGGAAGCGGCCGAGGAGCCCUUGUACCUGCGUUUGGACCUCGUCAAGUACGAGUGUCCAUCAUUGGGCCACCGCAUCCAGUACAUGUUGCAGCAGUUGGAGUUCAAGUUGCAACGCGAAAAGCAGUAUCGUGAGGGGAAUGAGAAGUUGUCCAGGUUGUACGAGCGCGACGGCGACAAGCGCAUCGUGACGGAGACCGAAGGAGGCAAGCUCGAGAGCGACUUGAAGAUCCAGUUGUUGUCCAAAUCGUUGAAGCGGUACCAAGACAUGUACAUCGACAUCGACGACGUCUCGCGCGACAAUAAGAUCAUGACGGAACACGAGUUCCGCCGGAAGCCGUUGUCUGGGACAUUGAAGAUGGCGAUCCAGUUGGUACGCGACGUCGACCACAUCGCAUCACCACUCUUCUCCAAGAAGCCCGAGACGGCCGUGGUUGUGAAGGUCGACGACGCCCAAAAGGCCAGAACCCGCGGCUCUCGCAGCGGCAAGUGGACCGAGGAAUUCACUAUCGAUAUUGAAAAGGGGAACGAGGUGGAACUCUCCGUGUACGACAAGUCUUCCGAGCAGAAUGUGCCGGUCGCUGUCACAUGGUUCUUGUUGGCGGACUUAGUCGAGGAGCUCCGUAAGAAGAAGGUCAGUCAGGAGUUGGGAAAGACCGGGUGGGUCAGCGCUUCCAAGAUCCAUGAUAGCGACUUGAGCUCCCGUGGCGACGGCUCUGGCUUUAACAUGAACGCUCCCGUGGCAGCCCAUGCUGGUGAACCAACAGAUCCCGGAACUGAUGAACCGGUCACUACAUCCAUGUGGAUUGUGUUGGAGCCAGCGGGGAAGUUGUUGAUCACCGCGAGCUUCACAAAGUCAAAUAUUGUCGGCGGGAACAAGCACGUGAAUGCCAUGGGUGGCUUAGGCCGCCACGGUGCCAUUCGCCAAAAGAAGGAGGAAGUAUUUGAGCAGCACGGACACCAGUUUGUCCAGAAGCAGUUCUACAACAUCAUGUGCUGUGCGCUCUGUGGCGACUUUUUGAGAUACUCCGGGUACCAGUGCCAGGACUGCAAGUUCCUUUGCCACAAGAAGUGUUAUCAGAAGGUGGUUACUAAAUGUAUAUCGAAGUCAAGCAUCGAGCUCGAUCCGGACGAGGCGAAGUUGAACCACCGCAUCCCUCACCGCUUUGAGCCUCUCCUGAACCGUGGGACCAAGUGGUGUUGCCACUGUGGGUACAUCCUUCCGUGGGGCCGCAAGAACAUCCGUAAGUGCUCCGAGUGCGGGGUCAUGUGUCACGCGCUGUGUAUCCAGUUGGUGCCCGAUUUUUGUGGGAUGUCGAUGGAGAUGGCUAACCGAAUCCUCACGACGAUCAAGUCCACGAAGCAUACCGGUCCUAAACUCCCUCAAAAUGCCAUCCAACACCAUCACAACGACUAUCCCGAUCACACCAAGCUUCCUACCCUGGUGACCCAUCAAAAGCUUCCGCCAAUUCCGGUUCCUGCUCAUCAUACCAAGAGGCUCCCACCGGUAUUUGAUAAGGACCUCUUGCCUGAGGUACUGGACAAGGAAGUUCGCUCCGGCGCCGAAUCUUUCGACAGAGCGGAGUCCCACACCUCGUCUCCUGGCGCUGAGGAAGAUGCCAACCAGUCCUUUGAGGAAAAGCAGGAAAGUGUGACUCCUCCGGUUCAGAGCCACAUCUCUCCGAAACGCUUGGCUCCAAGGGUUCCCGAGAUUUUCGAGCCGGUUGAGGACAGAGUCGGUCGCCCGACGGUGGUUGCCCCUGAGAGUAUUCCCCAGAAACCUAAGCGCAAACACCGCCGCAAGGUCGGCAUUGACGACUUCAAGAUGAUUGCGGUGUUAGGUAAGGGUAACUUCGGGAAGGUCAUGUUGGCGCAGUCGAAGCGCACCGCGUACUUGUGUGCCAUCAAGGUGUUGAAGAAGGACGUAAUCAUCGAAACCAGCGAGAUCGAAAGCACCAAGUCUGAGAAGCGGGUGUUCUUGGUUGCCAAUAAGGAGCAGCAUCCGUUCCUCUUGAACCUACACUGCUGUUUCCAGACGGAAAACAGAAUCUACUACGUUAUGGAGUACAUUGCCGGUGGUGACUUGAUGUACCAUGUGCAAAAGGGCAAGUUCACCCCAAGACGGGCACAGUUCUACGCCGCGGAGGUGUUGUUGGCAUUGAAGUACCUUCACGAAAACGGUGUGAUUUACAGAGAUUUGAAGUUGGACAAUAUCAUGUUGACUACGGACGGUCACAUCAAGGUUGCUGACUACGGGUUGUGUAAAGAAAACAUGUGGUACGGUAACACCACCAACACGUUCUGCGGUACACCCGAGUUCAUGGCGCCCGAGUUGGUGACCGAACAGCCGUAUGGCCGAGCCGUGGAUUGGUGGACCUUCGGUGUAUUGUUGUACCAGAUGAUCUUGAACCAGUCGCCGUUCAAGGGUGAUGAUGAGGACGAAAUCUUUAACGCUAUCGUGCACGAUGAGGUAGUGUAUAACGUGAACAUGUCGCGUGAAUCCGUGUUGAUCUUGCAGGCGCUCUUGGAUAAGAACCCUCAAACCCGCCUUGGGGCCGGUACCAGAGACGCCAAAGAGAUCAUGGAAGACCCAUACUUCCGCAACAUCGACUUUGACGAUAUCUUCCACCGUCGUGUGCCACCACCGUUCAUCCCCGAGCUUAGAGGCGGUGUCGAUUUCUCCAACUUUGAUAGAGAGUUCACCGACGAGACGCCAUGCUUGACCCCGGUGGACACGACCCUUACCUCAGCCAUGCAAGAGCAGUUCCGUGGAUUCUCCCACAUCUCUGACGACAUGAUCUAACUUGAUUUUGCUUUUUACUUUCUAUAUAUUCCUUACUCUUGUUUUUUACGCCUUUAAUUAUAUCCUUGUUUUAA